UGGCAAUGUCUGUCGCCCCCAGUGUUCAGUCCUCUGUCUGCUGUUCCUGCUAUCUGUGUGCACUGCCUGCUACAUCUCCAACCGCCCCAUAGGAGGCAAGAGAUCAGCACUAGACUUCCCAUCCAGAAAGUGCAUGUCGUGGCCUGGCGACAGGGGCCGCUGCUUUGGCCCCCAGUAUCUGCUGUGGGGAAGGGAUGGGCUGCUACAUGGGGCUCCCCAGAGGCAGAUAGUUGUGUGGAGUGAGAACUACCUGACCUUCCCUGUGUGGCCGGAGAGCUGUAGCCAUGACCACGAUCUACUGAUGAAGCUACUGCACAUGAUUAGCCACACCCCUUCCCACAGAGUCCACCAAUAA